AUGGCAUCCGUGAUAUCUUUUAACAGCUCUAACUCUGGCUUCCAAGCCGGAACAAUCAACGGUCCGGUCAAUACUGAGCAUCAUCACCAUGCCGCUGCUGGUGAGUUGGGUCCGGACUCGAAGCUGACUGCCGCUGACGAUCGCCCUGCCCUAGAGCGACUAGAAACCCCACCGAACCCGUCGGUCGUCAUACCCUUCAGUCGCGACACAGACUUUGUCGAGCGAGGGAUAAUACUUGAUCAGAUCCACCAGAAAUGCGCUGUCCUAGGGUCUCGGACUGCGCUAGUUGGCCUAGGCGGCGUCGGUCGCAACUCGCUAUCGUGGGUUUUCUGGGUCCACGCAAGUAAUACCACCCGGUUUGAGCAGAGCUUUCGAGAUAUUGCAAACUGCGUCAAGGUCCCUGGGCGGCAGAACCAACAGGCCAAUGUAUUCCAGCUUGUGCACGACUGGCUGCGCAGCGAUAGCAAAGGAAAGUGGGUUCUUAUCCUUGACAAUGUAGAUGAUGCUAGCUUCCUCUUCGAGGCUCCAGGCGCCAGUCAGAAUAGGAAAAUGACAGAUAUAGAGAGGAUCAGCUCGCAACCGCUCAUAUCGUACCUUCCGCAAUGCCAGAACGGGUCGAUUCUCAUCACAACAAGGACUAAGGAGGCUGCUUUGCAGCUCGUCGAAGAGAAUAGCAUGAUUGCAGUGGAGCCUAUAGAAAAGCCCCACGCAGUAGCACUACUUGAGAAGAAGCUAGGAAUGCAAUGGGACAGCAAUGACAACGGCAACAACAAUGACAAUAGCAACAACAAUGACAAUAGCAACUACAAUGGCAAUGGCAACUACAAUGACAAUGGCAACGACAGUAACAUCAGUGAACUAGCAGCAGAGCUAGAAUACAUGCCGCUUGCUAUCGUCCAAGCAGCGUCAUAUAUCUCCCAAAGAGCCCCGAGGUAUUCAGUACAGCGGUACCUAGACGAGUUUCGGAAAAGCGACCGUGAGAAAUCAAGUCUCCUGGACUAUAAAGCAGGGCAUCUUCGAAGAGACCGAGAAGCCAAGAACUCCAUCAUUAUCACGUGGCACAUGUCAUUCGAGCACAUACGUCAGAGCAGGCCAUCGGCAGCUGACUUACUGUCUCUGAUGAGUCUGUUUGACCGGCAAAGGAUUCCAGAAGUGUUGCUUCAUAACCGAGUUGAAAUUGAGAGUCCUAGCCAGUUCAAACAAAAUAAUCAGCAGAGAACAUGCUCUCGUCGCAACAGACGCCGUCAUAGAGGCCAGAAACGAGAUGGAAAGAGUAGUGGGCGCAUUAGUGAAUUUGAGGACGACCUGCUCACACUAAGAAACUACGCGUUUAUCUCUGUCUCUGAGGCCCAGUCAGCAUUUAAAAUGCAUGCACUAGUACAGCUAGCAAUGAGGACGUGGCUGGAAGCAAAUGGACAGAUAGAAAAAUGGAGGCGACAAUGUUUACAGCAACCUGAGGAACAAGACUCAUUAAGAGACUGGGCUUCAAUACUCUUGAAGGCAGCAUGGUACGCGUGUAAUACAGGAAAAUUGGCAGAGGCAGAGAAGAUGUCGGUUCAGGCAAUGGAAGUUAGAACGAGGAUUCUUGGUCAAGAGCAUAAUGAUACGCUAAAUGCUAUGACAAUGGUAGGCUGGGCGUAUAUGAAUCAAGGCCGGUGGGACGCUGCCGAAGAGCUAUUAUUACAAGUAAUAAAGACGAGCAAGAAGAAACUCGGAGUGGACCAUCCAGACACGCUGACUAGUAUCAACAACCUAGCGUCAACGUAUAUAUAUCAAGGCCGGUGGGACGCUGCCGAAGUUCUGCUUGUGCAAGUUAUAGAGAUGCGCAAAAAUAAACUCGGAGUGGACCAUCCAACCACGCUGACUAUGAUCCACAACCUAGCGUCAACGUAUAUGAAGCAAGGCCGGUGGGACGCUGCCGAAGAGAUGUUUGUACAAGUAAUAGAGACGAGUAAGAAGAAACUCGGAGCGGGCCAUCCAAGUACUCUAUCUAGUAUCAGCAACCUAGCGUUGACGUAUAUGAAGCAAGGCCGGUGGGACGCUGCCGAAGUUCUGUUUGUACAAGUAAUAGAGAUGCGCAAAAAGAAACUCGGAGUGGACCAUCCAAACACUCUAUCUAGUAUCAACAACCUAGCGUUGACGUAUAUGAAUCAAAGCCGGUGGGACGCUGCCGAAGAGAUGUUUGUACAAGUAAUAGAGACGAGUAAGAAGAAACUCGGAGCGGGCCAUCCAAAAACGCUGGCUAGUAUGGCCAAUCUGGCGCUUGUGUGGAAACACGUCGGCAAAGAAACCGACGCUAUAUGA